AUGUCCAAUUCCGUGCCCAUGGGCUCGUAUGCGACGUCUAAUGUGGAUAUGAAUGGCCUGCUCGUAGCAUCGUGCCGCCCUGACCAGACGGGGGCCUAUCCGCCUAUCUACAAUGUGCCGCACGGCACCAUCCAGCUGGCGCAGGGUUUUAAUUCUAUGCCUGGCAGCACAGCUUGGCCCUUCCCGAUGGCUCCUGUGGCUGGACAGCAAGGUGCCAAUAACCAGAUGCCCAACAUCCAGGGCUCGUUCCCCCAGUUUGGCAGUCCGAUAUCGACGCACGCUCCGGCGCCGGUCGGCACGCCUCAAACCCCCAAGCAACCGGUACGGAAUAGCAGUGGACCGGUGACUGGAAAUCCGCCCCCGUCCGAGGCGCCUGUGCCCGAGACGUCGCGCGCAGGCAAGGCGCCGGCUACGGACGAGGCGUCUGGCGAGAACGCGGGCGGCGACGGGGCGGAUGCGCGUGCGAAUGCGCGCAAGCGUACGCUCGCCAAGGGCGAGAAAGACAGCAAGACGGGGCGGCGCAAGAUCAAAAUCGAGUUUAUCGACGACGACUCGCGUCGUCACAUCACUUUUAGCAAGCGCAAGGCCGGCAUCAUGAAGAAGGCCUACGAGCUUGCCACGCUGACCGGCACGCAGGUGCUCUUGUUGGUGGUGUCGCAGACGGGCCUUGUAUACACUUUUACCACACCGAAGCUUGAGGCGAUCGUCAAGCAGCCCGAGGGCCGCAGCCUGAUCCAAGAGUGCCUCAGUGCGCCCGGCCCCGAUGCGGCGGGCGGCCCCAGCUCGAAACCGGGCGAGAUGUAUCCGAAGGAGGAGGGAGACGACUUCGAGGAGGGCGAAGAGGAAGACGAAGAGGAGGACGAAGUGCCCGAGCUCGGCUCGGCGGACGCGGGGCUCACUGCGCAGACGUAUGUGACGAGCCCGGUGAGCGAGGCACCUCCUUUUCUCCCUAAUAGCGCCGCGCCGCUCUUUCACCCUGGCUGGGCUGCGCCGAGCUUGGGGAAGCGAAACGACUACACGAAAUCCCAAAUCAAGCGCCGCCGUACCCAGCCGAAUCUGUCGACCUCCGGCAUGGCUGGCCCCCAAGGCCACCCCUCUAUGAAUGACAUGAACCACGCGUACUAUCAGCAAAGCAACGUCCCCCCUAUGCCGGCGGACCGCAGCAUGAGCGAGUCGCACAUGAUGCCCAACCAGCUCCCUUUGUACUACGGUCAGCCGCUUUCUAACGAGGAGCGGUCUACCCCCCACUUCUCUGGCCAGACGCAUGUGCCUCACGAACUGCACAUACCGUCCACGCACGAGACAGCGCAGCAGACGGGGUCGAACUCGUCCGCCUGA